CGUGCAGCAGUCCCUGGUCCAGUUCUGCUCAUCCUCUCUGCACAGCAACAUGAAGGUCUCCGUUGCUGCCCUCGCCGUUCUCCUCAUUGCUGCCUUCUGCUCCCUGGCCUCCUCUGCCCCAGUGGGACCGGACAUGCCCAUCUCCUGCUGCUUCUCCCACACAGCCCGCCAGAUCCCACGCAGCAUGGUAGUGGAUUACUAUGACACCAGCAGCAAGUGCUCCUUACCCGCUGUAGUGUUUAUUACGAAGAAAGGCCGGGCCGUCUGUGCCAACCCCAGCAACUCCUGGGUCCAAGCCUAUGUGACCACCUGGAGCUGAACUGAGCGGAGUGGGAGACGGAGAAUUAUUUCUAUUUAUUAUGUGUAUUACAGUAGCACCUUGCAGCCCCAUUGUGCCAGGUGCUGUCACAUGAGACAAACAGGCAAUUCCUGAGCCCAAGCACUGGCUAUCUAAGAACAGAGUUCAAAGGGCACCAGAAGGACCUCACCUCACUUCUGCUGACACAAGCCAGGAUGCUGCUACCAACCCACUUUUCAAAGAACUGACAAACGCUGGACUUUUAACAUAUUAUGUGACGCUCUUUAAGACAUGCAGUUGGGACCCUAUUUUUUGUAUUGCUAAUUAUAUUAUUUAUGGCAUGUGUGCAGGUGGGUCACAUGACUCCCUGUGCAUCGCAGUGACUGGCACAAAAACACCCCAAAUAUGUUGAGUUCUUUGUGCUGUAAUAUUAGGCUAUGACUAGGGAUUGGGUAAAGUGAU